GCUCCUGCAGUGUUUGGGCUCAGCAGGUCAGAGUGAAGAUAAGAACCCGGCCAUGCGACCCAGGAUCUUCACCUUUGGAGUUCUACUGGUGGUUCUGACGGCCUCAGGAGCCGGCGGCGGGUCAAACUCUUGUGGAGAUGCUCCUCUAAACACCAAGGCAGAGGCCAGGAUCGUUGGAGGUCAGGAUGCUUCUCCAGGAGCCUGGCCAUGGAUGGUCAGUCUGCACAAACUCAGACAUUUCUGUGGAGGAUCUCUGAUCAACGACCAGUGGGUCCUGACUGCUGCUCAGUGUUUCUCCAGCACCAACCCUUCAGAGGUGACCGUUUACAUCGGACGGCACGCACAGGAGGAGCCAAACAGUCAGGAGGAGGUCCGCUCAGCGCUGCUGGUCAUCAAGCAUCCAAGCUACAAUGAGAGGACCAAAGAUGGAGACCUGGCGCUGCUGAAGCUGUCGUCUCCAGUGACCUUCAGCGACUUCAUCAGGCCGGUCUGCCUGGCUGGACAGGAAAGCUUCUUCCCAGAUGGUCUGGAAGUCUGGGCCACUGGAUGGGGAAGGAUUCUGUCUGACGCUUAUCUUCCGUCUCCUGAGACGCUGCAGGAGGUCAGCCUUCCCAUCGUCUCCAACAUCAAGUGUGACGCAGCCUAUGGAUCCAUCACCACCAACAUGAUCUGUGCCGGUCCUAAUUUCAGAGGGAAGGGGUUCUGUGAGAAGGACGCCGGCAGCCCUCUGGUGACCCUGAACGGCAGCAGGUGGGUCCAGGCCGGAGUGGUGAGCUUUGCCCGGGGAUGCGGGUAUCCAAAGUUCCCAGGAGUCUACACCCGAGUGUCCCAGUACCAGACCUGGAUCAACAGCCAGAUCCUGAAAGACCCGCCUGGAUACAUCACCUUCUACAGAGCGUCCACCAGAAGCGUCCACUCCGUGUCCUCAGCCCUGCUGCUGGUCGUCCAGCCCAUCCUCACCUUUAUAGUCCUCACAGCGGACUGAUGGUCCGUCUGUGCGCUGCUCCAUUUUACUUCUGAUCCAAUAGCUUCUGCUAGAAAAUAAUCACCUGCUGGAAAUGAUCCCUUUUUUAUCUCCAUGGAAACC